UAUUUUAUUUGUGUUACUCCAAAUGGGUGUAAUAUAUUAUAUUAUGUAAUGUAACGAUUUACAAUGUUUACAGACGCAAUAAAUAGGUGACUUGUUAAUUGAAACAUGUCAAUAAUGACAUAAACUACACAUGAUGCACGGAGAAAACUUGACUUUCAUAAUUUGUAAAAAAUUAUCUCUGUGUACGCUCGUUUAUUUUGUCCAUUCGUAUAUGACAAUAAUGACCACGUGUGUUCACAUUGAACUUUGUUGAGUUUGUCUAAAUACCAACAGAAGCAUUAUAGUAUUAUUAAAAUCGAAAUAAUAUAAUAGGCAAUGUGAAAAAAAACAAACUGCAUUUCGAUCAUAUACCACGGAUACGACGAUCGGGGAUUAUCGAAGGUACCUCUAUAGCACAUUUCUACCGUAUAUCCACCUGCACACCUGCCAUAAUAUGUUCACUUCACACUUGUAACGGGCAAUAAUAAAAAACAGAUUUGUUUUCAUUAUUAUUUCGAUGAUCGUAUACAAUAAUAAUAAUAUUUUUAUUAGAUAAUCAUACACAGAUAUUGUCGUAAAAACCAAAAUAAUUGUAAUCGAUAACGCACAGCCGUAUACGAUUUUACAAUAGUUUAAAAAUCGAUAAGAAACCGAAACAAUAAUAAUGCGUACCUACGUAUUAUAAUAUUAUUUUAACACAAUCAUCUCACGUUAACGCAAUGUGAUAAUAUUUGAUCUGUGUAUACCAACGAUUAUGACUAGAAUAUACGACCACCGCGAAUUUAAGUUGCUAGGUAACAAAAAUUUAAUUUUACAGACCAUAUGGCGCCAACUAAAAAAAUUAAUUAAUGCCGUCCAUUCGUUGUCACCGUGUGCGUGUACCUACAGAAGCACCGGAAAAGUUUUCGCACACGAAGAGUUGGUCCACGUUAUCGUCCAUAUUUAUCGUGUACACGGGUUGGCCCAAAACGAACCCUUUAGCCAUAACUUUUAGGUUCCGACGUGUGCGUUUAAAUGUUAUUCGACCACCGUCUCACGUCUCUUAUUUCGAUUUUUCAAAAUCCUUAUUAUCGCAUCCCCUAUUGUUGUGCGCGCGACGUGAUGCACGUCUUGAACCUCCUCCCCCCCCCCCCCGGCCCUUCUACCACAAUGUUAUUAUUAUAUAAAAAGGACAAUACUAUAAUGACAGGUACCCACACUAAACGGUGUCUGCGGAUCUGGUGGGAAAAAGUGAGAUGGGAUUUUUCGGGUCAAAACGGGGUUUUCGCCGAACCGAUUUCCCAUACGAAAAUGUUGCCAACGACAAUGGAUUCGCCAUUGUGCUAUUGCUGGAAGUCCUGCAGUCGUGUCCGGCCUGGCCAGCAUGAUUAAAACAUACAUUAUUGUUCAUAUAUACGUGCAGGGUUUGAACGAGACAAAAAAUGUUGAUCAUCGAUACUAUAAAACGUGCACGGCACAUGUAGGUACCUACCCAUAUAUAGUGUAUUGUUUGUAUACACAUAAUGCGUCUCGGUCACUCCAACGACGAGACCCUUAGGGUGGUUUGGCGGCGGGGUCGGGUUGUGGGUUCGUGCGGGUGGCACGGUGGGGGGUGGUCGGGGUUUCGAAACACGUUUCUAGACGUACAUGCUGACUUACAGAAUGACAUAUACCUACCUACAGAUCUCGACCGAUGCGACCAAUGACCAUCGCUGCUCCGGUUCGCCGCUGGUAACGCCACCACCGCCGCCGUCCCUUCCGCCACCACCCUCCACACGCUGAGGCAGUCUCACCUACUCCAGUCUCCAGUGACGAUCGGUUCGACACCACGACGGGCAGUGCGCGCGAUCUUCAGCUGUCUGCACAACACUCUCCGUCAACGAUCUGCGACGCGACCUCGACUACAACUUUCGCCUUUUAAACGCUACGACUCCGACUUUGGAUCACCCGCAGCUGCAGCUGGUUAUACAACAACCACUCGCAUCACAUUUGGACUUUGAACGAAAAAAACUAUGAGCGUGCCAAUGGAAUUGGACGAACCCGCGACGGAGGCGGUACCGCUGGACUUGACCGUGAAAAAGAACGACAACGGCGCCAACUCGGAAGCGAAGGCGAAACGCGACGGCCAAGAGAAAUUGACGGAGAACGCGCCGCCGCCGGAGUCGAACGCUCAGAACGGCGUUAAAUCGACGCCACUGGACUUGAGCGCCGGAAGAGCAUUGCUGCUGCCGCCACCGCCGUCAGCGAAUGUCGCUCAACGUGCUUCAGUGGUGGUGCUGUCGCCGAAGGUGCAUGUCAAAUCGUCGCCACCACCGUCACCACCGAAGCCGCACCCGCAAUGCAAGGUCUACUGGGCACCGGACUCGUCGUCGCCCAUGACGGCCCCUAAACCCGCGCCACUGCAUGAGAUAUACGCCGACCCUGCCGCUUACCGGCACAUGAUCUCGUCCGCGGCUGUCCCCGAGUACAACCCGUUCCUGCCAGUUCUUCCAACGUCCGCGGCCACUCAAUUUCACCAUCACAACCACAUCCAGCAACAACUGCACAUGCAACAGCAGCAUCAGUUCCAUCUGCAGCAGCAGCUCCAGUUGCAGCUGCACAUACAGCAACAACACACCCAGGAACAGCAGCAGAAACUCCAAAAGCAAACGCUCCAGCUGCAGGCCGCGUUCGGCGGUCUCCCGCUUGACCCUGCGUUGAUGUUGUCCGGCAGCCCAGUGUACACGGCCACGUCGUCGCCGUCCUCGUCCGAGUCCAACCACUUCCCGUUCGGCGGAUUCGACUGCAACUUUUCCAAGCCAGCCUACGGUUUCGGUUACCCUUAUUACGACAGGAUGCUCGACGGCAGAGUUACCGGCGGGGCGUAUGGAGGCGUAGACAUCAGCGCCAACCGGUCCGACUGUCCGUCGCCCGAGUCAACGACCACGUGCACGACGACUACUGACGACCAUCACCUUUUCCAUCACCAUCGCCAACAGCAGCGGGACCUUGACCGAGAGCACCGCCACCGCAUCAAUGCGUGCGAUAUGGACGACAUGGACGUGGUGGACCCCGAGGAGGUAGCAGCCAUAUACAGACAGUCGGACUUCUUGUCGUUCCGUCACCGGUACAUUGAGAGCUUGGGGCCGCCGAGGAACUUUGAGAAAAUGAGGCGGUCCAACAACAACAACAACAACAACAGCAGCAGCAGCAGCAACAACAACGACGACGACCACGGACAGCAGCAGUACGACCAGUCGUACGUCAUGAAGCGGCAGAAGAACAACGAGGCGGCAAAACGGUCGAGGGACGCCAAGCGGCAGAAGUACAUCGAGAACCAGAUCAGCGUCAUGUACCUGACCAAGAAGGUGAGUGAGAUGAAGGACAUCAAGAGACGGCUGCUAAAGGCCAACAGUAAUAUAUUUGCUGAGUAGGUAAAUUGCUGAUAGCUACGCGUGUACUAAUAAUAUAUUAUUUAUUAGUAUUAGCUGUAGACUUUUUGUAGGCUAUCUGUAGGCUUUCGACGACAACUGAUGUGACUUUUGAGUUUUUCCCGUAUCGAUUUUCCAACCUUAUCUUUAGUAUUUGUUUACCUUAAAUUUUAUAAACCAAGUAUUUUCACUGUGUCCUAAACUGUAAUAAAAUAUAUUAUAUUAUAAUAUGAUAUAUUCAUACCACAAUAGGUAUAUUAUACAAGAGAUUAAGAUUGAUGUUUUGUCACACUAUUUAGACGUAUUUAUUUUUUUGGUAUUUAGAUUUAAAAACGAAUGUCGCGUGUUUUUAUUUGAUUAUUAUUAUUUUUGAUAUAUUAUAUUUAUCCAUACUUGUAUACCGAACAUUCUGCAAUUGUAUAGUUUUUUAGAUGUAAGUGCGAAUUUAGUCUUAGGACUAUCUUAGGCUAUCUCAGGAUUAUAUUAUAUUAAAAUAUACAUUUAUUUUAUAAAUUUUAUAUUUUUAUAUACUUAUUAGGUACUUAACAUAUAAUAUAAUAAGUUUCUAAGCACUUUUUUUGAAUUUUGUAUACGAUAUAUAAUGCUGUUUUCAGAUGCUAAUAAUUUCUAUUUAAUACAUUUCUAUUUUGUCCGUA